GUAGGGCACGCCGGGGCGGCCGCGCCUCAGUCGCUGCUCUGUUGUUCUCGUUGGCGGCGGCGUGUUCCGCGUUCCCGGCUCUUUGGGGUUUUUAAUUGUUGUUUUAAGUUUUCGUUGUUGACAAUGUCUGCAUCAAGAAGUGAGAGCCCGCCUGAAGAGGAUCAGCCAAACCAUGGUUAUGUGUUACCUGAGGGUAAAAUAAUGCCAAAUACAGUUUUUGUUGGAGGAAUUGAUAUUCGGAUGGAUGAAAUUGAAAUAAAAGAAUUUUUUUCUAAAUUUGGAGCUGUGAAAGAGGUGAAAAUAAUAACUGACCGCACUGGAAUUUCUAAGGGAUACGGUUUUGUCUCCUUUUAUGAUGAUGUGGAUGUUCAGAAGAUAGUGGAUUCUCAUAUCAGCUUCCAUGGGAAGAAACUGAAGCUGGGUCCAGCAAUAAGAAAACAAGUGUGCUCGUAUGCACCACCAAGACCCGUCGUGCUUAGUGCUCCAGCUCCACAGUAUCCCAGCAUAUAUCCUAACAUCCCAACAUCUGAUCCUUAUCUCCAGCAUACGCCGCUGUUCAGCCCAAUCACUCAAUAUGUACAGGCGUAUCCUUACUGUAAUAAUGCACCAGUCAUGUUUCAACACAUCCCUCUGGCAUAUCAGCAACCAGGAUAUUACCAGGUGUCUCCACAGUGGCCAAAUGGGGAUCAGAGGAGCUAUAUUUCCCCCCAGGCUUUCACAUCAUGGAAUUAUCAUGGCAGUGAGAUUGAGGUUGCUAGUAAUGAUCUGUUUCCACCGGACUUUAACAGCCACGAUCAAAAUGCGUCUCACAUUUCAACAAGUCCGCAAAAGAAAGUUGAUAGAAGCAUACAGACGAUUGUAUCAUGUCUGCUCAAUGGAGAUGGAAGGCUUCAGCGAAAUUUCUUUUCACAAGAAGAUUACUUAAAGGACAGAAGAGUCCAUCAGUUUAAAAGAACCAGACGUUGAAGUCCUCUUUCUUUGGAUUCUGUAUACACUAGUUUUGUUUUAGCACUUACCAUCACUAAUGUACAUCUUUCACUUUUAAAGGCACUUGCACGUUGGAGGCAGCAGUUUUGUGGGUUUGUCUUUAAGCAAAGAAUUUGUGCUUUAUUCUUAGGUAUCACUAGUUUAUAGUAAAUUGAUAAGGCUGCAUUACUAGUUCAGCCUACAAAGUGAUUUAACUUUUACUUAGGUGGAUGGGUUCAUUGUACACAUUUCACACCUGUUUUCAGUAAUGACACAUUAUAGUUAUGUUGGUUUUUUUCAUUGCACUAUUUUGCAUGUUCACGUUUACGGUUUUGUUUAGACAUUUGACAGUUUCACAUCUUGCAACUUGUUCAAACUGUUCACUGGUUUCACUGUUUUGUCAUUUCUACAUUGUAGGUGUAAAGGGACAUUGCUGCACUUAAGUAUUUUUUGAGACAGUUGUGCACAAACUGAAGGUGAUGAGGGUUUUAUUGGGGGGGGGGGGGGGUUCAUUAUGCUUUAUGCCCACAGUGAAUGUUUGAUAAGCCAAAUGUAGUUUGAAUCUGUUUGAAAACACUUGGGAGAUGGAAGAUAGGGCAGAAUUCACUUUAUUCUGGUACUCUGGCUUGCAUAGUAUAUUAGAGUAUUGUAUGGCGUAAAAUACUCUAAUGCUUUACACUGACGCUGGGAUUUUAAUUGAGAUGGGGGAGCUGAAUGCUGAACACGUACUGUAGAUAUUUUCAGGUUUGUAAAACACAUUGCAACUUUCUCUUAUUUUGAUCCUUGAGUACUUUUCAUUUGCUUUUAAACACAAGUCAGCCUAACUAGUAAAUAAUGCUACAGCUCAUACUGCAUGACUUCUGAGCAGAGGCUGGACAGCAGUAUGUGCAUUCCACGAGCUUAGAUCAGAAAUGAGAAUGCUGCCAUUUCCAUGACAAAAAAUUGAAUGUGGUGUUUUUGUUUUCAAGCUUUAAUACAAAUUAUGCAGGUUUUAAAUGGACUUUUUAGAACUCUACAAACAAUAUAGUUAAUCUCCAUUGUAAGAUUUGUGGGUUUAAAAAUUGUUAACCGAGUAAGUAGUAAUUUGAUUUUAUCUCUGUGCCUCUUAAAUAGGAUUUUAUUUGAAGAAGAAAAAAAUUGUCUGACACUAACUUUUUUGCCAUUUGUGACAGUGUCCAACUGUUGAGAAGGACAGGUCAUUUAGUUACCUUUAAAUUAUGGAUAUACAAUGCCCAUAAGUGUUGGGUGCACUGCCGCAGGUCACUUCAAGUCAGCUGUAAGCAUGUUUACAGAUUACACUGCAGCCUCACCACGUUUUUUAAAAGGCAAUGGCAAAUAGUGUUGGCUUCAAAUGGUAGUGAUCAUGAAAGCUCAACUUAAAUAUAUUGUUGGCAGUAUGAAUUGUUUUUCUAUUAGGAAAAGAAACGUAUUUGUACAUCACUUGCAGUUGCCCUUUGUAUGUAAGUCCAUUUCAUGAUCAGUCACCUUAAGAAGCCAUCUGCAGUAUUUUUUUUUUUAUUUUUUUUAUUGAGCUGUUAGCAAUGACUUAUCUUAUUUUGUAUCAAACUAUUUUGUAUGUGAAAAAUGGAUACAUUAAAGGAAAUAUAUUGUAAACUA